UUUGUAGUGUCUCUCCCUCUCUGCUGGACGGGGCCGCUCGUGCUCUCUCAGUUCCGGGGCUGAAUGAGUUUUGUUUUUUAUCGUGCUGAUUUAGCGGAGCUCUGAAUUUACACCAUGGCCUCUCCCAGCACCUACCGGCUCAGCUGCUCCAUCCCGGGCCAUGAGAUGGAUGUUAGGGGCCUUGCCGCCGCGGUUUUCCCUGAGGGAGGUUUCGUCUCCGUGUCGCGGGACCGAAGCGCCAGAGUCUGGGCUCCAAAUUUAAGUGAAACUAGAGGUUACACGGAGAUGCACUGUAUGAACGGCCACACGAACUUCGUUUCCUGUGUCUGCAUCAUCGCCCCCAAUGAAACCUACCCCAGGGGCCUUAUUGCAACAGGAGGCAAUGACAACAUUAUCUGCGUCUUCUCCUUAGACAGACCGGACCCUAUGUUUACUCUGACAGGACACAAAAACACAGUGUGCACACUCUCAGCUGGGAAGUUUGGGACGUUAUUGAGUGGAUCAUGGGACACCACAGCUAAAGUCUGGCUCAGUGACAAGUGUAUGAUGACUUUACAGGGGCAUACAGCAGCAGUAUGGGCUGUGGUGAUUCUGCCAGAGCAGGGACUUAUGCUCACAGGAUCGGCUGACAAGACUGUUAAACUCUGGAAAGCUGGACGCUGUGAGAGAACAUAUUCAGGUCAUGAGGACUGUGUUCGAGGACUAGCUGUAGUGAGCGAUGUUGAAUUCCUGUCCUGUAGUAAUGACGCCAGCAUCAGGCGAUGGAUGGUGACAGGAGAAUGUGUUCAAGUAUACUACAGUCACACUAACUAUAUCUACAGUCUGUCUGUCUUUCCAAAUGGACAAGACUUCGUAAGCACAGGAGAGGACCGCACAGUAAGGAUCUGGAAAAAUGGUGAAUGUGCUCAGACAAUCCGUCUACCUACCCAGUCAGUCUGGUGUUGCUGUGUUUUACCUAAUGGAGACAUCGCUGUAGGAGCCAGUGAUGGCAUCAUCCGUGUGUUCACUGAGAAAGAUGAGCGUGUAGCGAGUGCUCAAGACCUGCAGGCUUUCGAAGAUGAACUUUCUAAAGCUACUAUUGAUCCCAAGACUGGAGAUUUGGGAGAUAUCAAGCCUGAGGAACUACCUGGAAGAGAACACUUAGAUGAACCAGGCAAUAGAGAUGGUCAAACACGACUCAUAAAGGAAGGUAAUAACGUGGAGGCGUACCAGUGGAGCAUGAGUGAGGGACGCUGGAUGAAGAUUGGAGACGUGGUGGGAGGGUCAUCCAAGGACAGCUCUAAAAGAGUAAUGUAUGAGGGCAAGGAAUACGAUUUUGUUUUUACCAUCGAUGUGAAUGAGGGUGGGCCCUCAAUGAAACUGCCAUAUAAUGUGGCUGAUGACCCCUGGCUGGCAGCACACAACUUCCUACAAAAGAAUGAUCUGAACCCCAUGUUUCUGGACCAAGUGGCUAAUUUCAUCAUUGAGAACACCAAAGGCCACACCCUAGGGCCAGCUCCUGCCUCUGCUGUAGAUCCUUUUACAGGUUCAGGAAGGUAUAUCCCUGGGGCAGCAGAUGAAAGACCAGGCUUUGGUGCUGACCCCUUUACUGGUGCUGGGCGAUACAUACCUGGAUCAGGAUCCACAGGAACAACACCUGCAGGUGUAGCUGAUCCCUUUACAGGUAGAAACGCCUACUCUUCUGCUGCUCUCCAGAAGUCUGUCACAAAUAUUUACUUCCCCAAGAUGGAUGGCGUUUUUUUUGAGCAGGCCAAUCCUACACAGAUUUUCGCUAAGCUGCGUGAGCUGAAUGGCAGUGCUCCAGAGGACCACAGACUAAACGACACGGUGCUGAGCAACCUGGAAAAGCUACUGCUCUCCAUUUCAGACUGUAAGAGCCCAGAUCAGCCCACAGCAGAUCAGAUCAGCAUACUCUGGAGGACCAGCCACUGGCCUGAAGAUAUUGUUUUCCCUGUGCUGGACAUCCUCCGCCUAGCAGUGCGGCACCCUGAGGUCAACGCUCAGCUUUGUGGAGGUACAGAGGGAGCCAGUCUAUGCAACCUCCUGCUGGGCCUCAUGUCACCUCAGGGCCGACCAGCUAACCAAAUGCUGGCCCUCCGCACCUUCUGCAACUGCUUCUCUGGAUCCCACGGUCGCUCUCUCCUCCUGAGCCAACGUGAAGCCGUGCUGUCCCGGGCAGCCGACCUCCGUUCUGUCUGCAACAAAAACAUCCACGUAGCUCUCGCCACGCUGGUGCUCAACUACGCGGGUAUACUGCACGGCCGACCGUCCGAGAUCGAAGCCAAAGCCCAGUGCUUGUCUGUUGCUAGUAGUGCUCUAGAGGUGGUGCAGGACAAGGAGGCUGUCUUCAGGCUGCUGGUUGCACUCGGGACUACAGUGGCUGGAGACAGCACAGCCAAAGACCUGGCACGCUCGCUGGGCGUCAACUCUCAGAUCACAAAGUACGCCGGCGUGUCUGACCCGGCUAAAGUAGGCGAGUGCUGUCGACUAGUGAUGGAUGAACUGCAGUGAUUAUUACUCUAAAGAACUGAGCUGAGCGCUUUCAAAGACCUCACAAAAGUCGGCAAACAUCUCCCUUACAUGGUCAUGGUCUUCUGUUCCCACCACCCACCAAACCCCCAAAUACAUAGUUUCUAUUUAACUUGGUCUGAUUUUUGGUGAUGAAGGAGUUUGAAUGUGGAUGUGCAUGAUGUGAAUAAUAAACACUGAUGUAUUAAAUUGUUUCCUAAAAAAAAAA